UGAUUGAGCGGGAAGAAGAGAAAUUGAGAAAUCGUUGUAAAUAAGUGCUCAAAUCAAAACAAUUGAAAACAGUGAAGUUAAUUCAUAAAUAUGAAUGUGUCAGAUUUACCUAAACCCGUCCAACUAGUGUUAACUAAGUUGGUACCAGCGUCUGUUCUCAAUAACAUAAGUUGUUUUGUAUUUUACGAUAAACAUCCAAAUGACGACAAAAAUAUUGAUAUUACAAUAUGUACUGCAAUGGGAGAAGUGCUUGAAUAUUACGAAAGAAACUUAGUAUCUUCAAUAACACUGCCAAACAACGCGAAACCAACAUCAAUAAAAAUCUUAAGGAACUCAAACUGUGAUUUAUUUUAUUUAGUGGUUACGAAGGAACGGAUAACUAUUCUAUCAAGAAAAAAUGAGUUAGUGGUUCAUAAAGUAGUAGACAAUGUUGAUAAAUACGACAUCGAUGACGGUUCAUGCAGUGGACAAGCAUGUUUGAGAAUAUUUCGUAAAGGAGACGCCGUUCCUCACAUAUUCGAUGAUAACUUCGAACAAUUUAAACGUCCAGAUAUCUCAGUAACAGUUUCUGAAGCAGACAAUGAUGAAACUGUACCUAUCAUAGCCCAUUUGAUGAGGAAACUGACAGAAGCGAAGUACAGUGUCCAACAUAGUGAGAGAACUUAUAAAGAGUUGCUGGAUCUCCAUCAAAAGGUUGCGUUUGAAUCUUAUAAGAAGAUUCAUCCUAAUUUGCAGGAUUCUGUUUUUAAAAAUGGUCCGGAAAAGAUUGCAUCAGCCCUGCGGAUUAAAACCAAAACACCCUGGAUAAAAGUCUGUAAUCAGAAAAUUGUGAUUGUUAUAGAAGUUACUAAUUUAAAUAAAGAGAACCUAGAAGAUGUCCACAUCCUAGUACAUGGCACUACGGGUCAAUCAAUAGAAUAUACAACCAAACUAUUUGAGGAAACCUCCAUCAUUACAAAUAAUUUGCCAUUUUGGACGGAAAUUCAGACACAGACCUUAAAACCCAAUGUUUCUUCAGCUAUCGUUCUCAUCAUGGACACAAAGGAAAUAAUAGACAGUCUUAUGUGCAAAUUAAAUUUAAAUGCUGUUAUAUUUUACAACAGAAAAGGACAGGAAUAUCUUCUGCCUGUGCGCGAAAUAGAAUUAUAUGCUAAAGAUACUAUUGGUGCGAAGUUUGAUGCCAUUUCUAGUACUCCAAUAGAUUCCAAAACCAUGUUGGCUAUACUAGCGACAACAGAAAGAACAGAUCUUCUACUCAGACACAUAAUGAGAUCUAGUGAAACAGCCUUAUCUCUCGAUGUUCUAUGCCAGCACCUGAUGAUGGAGAAAUUGGAUCAUUACAACAACAUUAUCAUACAUAGGAGUUCUCCCUACCAUACUCUAAAUGGUGUUAUGAUUUUAAUGCACAGUGAACAGACUGAUGUCAAUGAUUAUACUACUUUAUCUGUUUAUUCUAGGACACAAUCUCAAGUGCUAGCACUCAUCCACUGCAUACACGACGCUGUACCUCUAACACUAGUCAUCACGACGCCUGACCAAAAACUCAAAGCAAAACACGAUGAUCUAGCGAAAUUCAACGAAGAUAGUAUAGAAUGCACACAAAAGUUAUACAACUACCACAACUAUGCAGCAACUAUACUGAAACGAACCAAACUAGCUUUGAAAUACUUGGACGAUACCAUGGUGAAAAUGGGUGAGUCUAAAAACCCUUUAGUUCAAUCUAAGAUUGGGAGUGAAAUCGACCUUUUUGCUGCCGGUCAGGUUCGAUAUAUGGAGUUUAAGGACAAAAUGAGGAAGGAAAGGGGAGAGUCGGGAGAUUCUGAUGAUGAUGUUAUGUGUAUAGACUGAGUUAAUUGUAAGUGCAAGUGUUCCAUAGAAUAUAAUGAGGCGUAUUUUGCAGAAAUCCAUGCUACACUAACAAUACAGUAAGAUUUUUAGUUUUAAUUCCGCUUAUAUUUGUAUUUUUUUA